AUGGCGACGGAUAGUCUGUUAAGUAUUGACAUUGCAGCUAUCAAGGCAGAUAUUCUCGCGCCGUUGGAGUCGGGCCAUAAGCGGCCAGAUUCGGAACACAACCUGCACACAGAAGUCCAGGACACGACAGAAUGCGACAUUCAAACCCCCUUCCCCGAUACUGAACCAGCAUCCGUCCCUGAACUCCCCAGUACUGUCCCCGACUCUCAGUUGAUCGUCACAAAUGUCGAAAGUCAACUCCAAUUCCUUCCGUCAGCGUUCGCGUCCAACAAACCAGUUGCCACCACACAGAAGAUGACCAGCCAAGGAAGCGAUGCUCCGACACAAGAACUGUCCCCUUCACGCUAUGAGCACCUGAUCAACCAGAGUAGAAGUGCGCGACACCUCGAAGACCAAGAGUACGACCUUGGAUUGGAUCAAGAGUUAGAUGAAGAGACAGGAGCAACAUUGCAUGAGGGUGAUGAAGGCCAUGUUGAUCUAAUUUCGAGCUUGGUUUCGCAGAAGGGAGCUGCCAGCGACGAAGAAGAGGAAGACGCGGAGCCCGCCGAGGUCGACUCCUCUCCCACAAAGUCACCACGUGCUCUUUCCCAGUUUCCAGAGUCCCAGCGAUUCAAGACACCGGCAACUGCUGGCAGGAAGAGAAGGUUCAAUGGAGAUGUCGUUGACAGCCCCGGGUUGCCGCGCAAUCCGCUAUUGCGAGGUUCCGAAAGCCGUGCUCAUGUCAUGGGUCUGAGCCAGGCAUUUGCUGCGACUCAAGCAAACACUUCGCCCUUUGUCGGCGAUAAUGGAGAUCUGCACUCCGACCGACCCUCACCGAACAUCGAGCUACAGCCGCGGCCUAUGACAGCUGCUACUUCAUCACCAUUACGGCCCAUUUCCGACUUCAAGCGAGCCUCAACGGAACCGGCUUCUCGAUAUGUCUCUGUAAAGCAGUCCCAGGCGCUGCGAGAAAGGGCUCGCCGACAACACGCGAUUCUUAACGAGGGCCAAGAUUCUGAUCAGGAUAGUUUUGAUGGUAACGAGGACAGUUUCCUUGACAGAGAGCGGAGACAGCUUGAACGCAAUCGAAAGAUACAGGCCCAGCUUUCGUCAAUAUCAAAGCGAUCCAUGCGAAGUAUCUCUCUGUCAAAAUCGUCGCCCAUUCUUGGACCGACGCGAACCUCUCCAGAGAGCGCUGUGCCUCUAAAGUGGCCCAGAAUUCCAAGUGAUUCAAGCCCCAUCAGACACGAUCGACAGAUCUCGGGCAAUGAAAGUGAGGAGGAGACAGAGCAAGAGGAUAACACCUCUGUCGCAGUGACACGCUCGAGUCAGCCGAUGAUGGCCGUCGACGAAGAAGAUAAGGAGAAUGUCUCUGAUAGAGCAAGUCGAAUACCUGAAACCACCGCAAGACUCCACCGGGUUAUGACCGACAUACCUAUGUACGUACAAGAUAGCCCCUUGCUCCGACAUGGCCCGGGGAUUUAUGAUCAUGCAAUGGCUCUCAGCAGCCCACAGUUGUUUGCCGUGGCAGAUUCGCAACCUGAACGAUCCCUGAAGCCACGUCGGACUACGACGCAGGUUCCCAGAUCUUCUACGGCUGAUGAAGGCCUUGAUUUUGUUCCACAGUCUCCAACAUCAUCCUCUCCACGAGCUACUCCCACAAAUCGAGAGCCUGCCGCUUCGGGCGCACCUGUUCAUCACACAGUAGCGGCGGCUGACGAAUACCUCACGACUGAGAAGGAGCUAAGAGGCACUGUAGUUGACGGCAUUGUCCUGGAAUCGAACUCACAAACACACCAACCUCAAACGAGCACCGUUCCAGAGACUAGUUCCAACGAACAACAAAUCCAAAGUGAUAAAGACUCUGACGCCAGACCACAACCUGUGGUUGCGGAGAGUCAUGAGGAGUUUGACACAGCCCAGACUCACAAGCUAGCUUCCACCGCAGCUGAACAGCCUGCCCCAACCGACUUGAGCAGUCCUCCUAUUCUCACUACACCGCCAGGACAGCGACGGAAACGCUUAGCGGAAAUUGCUGCGGAACCAUCGCCAUCCAAAUCACCGGUCAGCUUUGACGCAAGUGAGGCUCUGCAGCUAGACCCGAACUUCCAAAGCCCCAUAGGACGAAGUCUACCUCCAGGGCGGAUCAACAGAAGGGUAUCAAAAGAGGUCGAGGUGUCGGCCGGUCGUUCUGAUAGUAGACAGGGGAGAAACCCUUCUAAAGAGCCCGAAUCGAACGAGGCUUCUGACCUGUCGAAGGAUCAUAAGGAUUGCGGCAAGCCUUCAUUAGGUCCAGCUAAUGGUUGCUCAGAAGGGCCUGUGCAAGCAGUGUCGCCACCUAUAACAUAUUCGCGGAGGGAAAGGAGGCCGACAAUGAAGGCACUGAGUGCUAUCAGUACGCGGCCUCGGAUCGUGUCCUCUACAGCUCGGUCAUCGGAAUGGAGCCUCGGAGACCCGCCGCCACAAAAGGACGUCUCUAUCAGCAAGCCGUCAGCAAAGAUGGAGCCGAAGGCAAAACAUAAUGGUCUAUCGGAGGAGAUUACCAGUACGUUAAACAAUCGACUUGAAUCAGUGAAGACCGCUGCGCUGGAGACUCCUCUACUCGACGACAUCCAACAUCAACAGGACAGUGCCGAUCCUAUCGGCUUUGAUGAGUCCGCAAGUUUGAAUGCAAUGGCGGAACCGGAAGCUCACGAUGAAGCUGAAAGUGAUUCGAGUGAGCGAAAAAUCGCGCCCAACAUGGUAUUCGCAUGCUUCAACGGCAAAAGCCGUGCUUAUCACCCUGCCAUAUGUCUUGGGCGUCCAUAUGCUGAGUCUAGGCGAUUCCUGAUUCAAUGGGAAGGAUACGACCCGGAUGAAGUCGACGAGCACGGUGUGCGGAGCUUGGACUUGCGCAUUGGGGACCAGGUAAAGAUAGACAUGCAAGGCUUUCCCAAGGUGUCUCAUGUUAUUCGAGGGUUCAAAAACAAAAUCAUGCAAGCGAAUAUCCCGACCGACCAAGCCGUUGUGACUGAUAUCCGUGGCUACCGGACACUAGUAGUGGCCCCAAAGCAACGGAAGAGCAUGCUGGGAAGAGCGACCGCUGAGUCUGUCAAAAAGGUGCCUAUCUCAGCAAUAUACCUAGACAGCAUCAUGUGGGGCCAGAUGAAAGACCGGGUCUACCAGUACAAGCCUUCAAUCCAAGCUGUGCUCUCAUUUGGCAUUUCCACCCCUUUGGAUCGAGCUUCUACGCCAAGCACACCCUCAUCACGGACUCGACGAGGGAUGGCUGCAAUGGGACCCUCGGCUGGACAAAUUGACUUGACAAAUUCUCUAUUCAGGAAGAUGGCAUUCGCAAUUUCAUACGAAGACAACAACCGUAAGCGAUGUCUCAUGGACCUUGUCCAGAGCAACGGCGGUGUAAUUCUACAAGAAUCUUUUCUGGACCUCUUUAAGCCAGACUCGGUGCUGCUGAAAGAGGAAUUUUCUGGGUUUUCGUUCGCAGCUCUCCUCGCCGACCGUCACUCCCGAAAGGAGAAAUACCUUCAAGCACUGGCUCUGGGUCUGCCUUGCCUCAGUGGGAAAUGGCUCGAACUUUGUGUCAAAUCUGACAAGAUUAUCGGUUGGGAGAGUUACCUCCUCCCUGCUGGAGACAGCGCCGAGCUCGAAGGGGCAACAAGGUCGCGCAUCCUGCCUCUCUCAGCAAGCGCCGAGGAUUUGAGAGUCAAAGACAUUAUCAACCUGAGACCGAAAAUCUUGACCGAUUCGCAAGUCGUCGUUGUCAUGGGCAAGGGGAAAGCUGAGGCCAAGCGGAGACCGUAUCUCUCACUCGUACGAGCCCUGGAUCCGGCAACUCUUGACCUGGAAUCUGAUUUGAUGGCUGUAAAAGCGAGGCUGGAGACUGACUUGGGUGACAGUGAGACAGUCAAAUACGUCUUCGUGGACGAUCGAGAGGUAGAGGCUGCGAAGGCGACAUUCUUGACAUCGACGUCCAACAAAAAAGGCAUCCAACCCGAGCGAGACCGUAAACGAGGCAAGCGAAAACACGAACGUGGCCAAGAACACGAAGACGGAGAUGCAAAGCUGGAGGCGAGGCACGCCGGUGUUAAGGUUGAAGUGAUGUGCAACGAGGAUAUCGUGCAGAGUUUAAUCUUGGGCAAAUUGUGGAUUGGCUGA